AUGAGCUCCAGGGCGGUGCUGCUGUCCAUCCUCCUGGUGGCUCUCAGCGGGUCCAGAGGAGCCGUCAUCACAGGGGCCUGUGAAAGAGAUAUGCAGUGUGGUUUUGGACUGUGCUGUGCUGUCAGUCUGUGGCUGAGGGGUCUGAGGAUGUGCAUCCCCAGAGGUGUGGAAGGAGACGAAUGCCACCCCUUCAGCCACAAAGUGCCCUAUGCUGGAAAAAGGCAACAUCACACCUGCCCUUGUCUGCCUCACUUGGUGUGCACCAGGUAUGCCGAGAGCAAAUAUAGAUGUACUGACGACUUCAAAAAUAUGGACUUUUAA